GAUGACUCGAUGCAAUAAAAUGCAUAAAGAAUUCAUUUUUACUCAAACUGCUCAACAAUAAACAUCCAAAACCAUAUAAUAAAUAAAUAAUUAAUAAUAUGUUUUGCUGAUAAAUAAUUUGUUGGGCCUAAAAUAGUAAAAACAAUAUUGGUUUUAAACAUAACCUCAAAACACAACAAUGAAUCCUGUAGAUUUUGUAUUGAUAAAAGACAUAAGGCCCGGGUUGAAAAAUAUUAAUGUUAUUUUCAUUGUUUUGGAAAUAGGAAUGCCCACAAUUACCAAAGAAAAAAGAGAGGUGAGAACCCUCAAAGUAGCAGACUCGACAGCCUGUAUAAAUCUAUCAGUCUGGGACGAACCGGGGCACGUGAUAGUGCCAGGUGAUAUAAUCAAAUUAACGAAAGGCUAUGCAGCCAUCUGGAGACAAUGUUUAACUUUAUACUCGGGAAAGAAUGGUGAUAUCCAAAAAAUAGGAGAAUUUUGUAUGACUUUCAAUGAACAGUUGAAUAUGAGCGAACCUAUGCCGGUAGUGCCAAACACGAAUGCGGGGCCACAGAAUUUAAAUAAUAUCAAUAAUGGAACUACGAAUAAUGGGGGGAAUGCUAAUAGGACAUCAACAAUUGUACAACCAAACAACACAACAACAUCGAUUUCAAAACCGUCCAACACCACAUUGUCUUCAGGGAACUCGAGAUACUCAGGUGGCAGUGUGUCAUCGUCUGAAGAAUCUUCCAUGAAAUCACAAAACAAAUCGACACAUCGUUCCAAAACACCUCACAACAGGGGAAACAAUAUUCGAAAUGAUCGGCCUCAAAACCAUGGUAUAAGAAAAACAGAGACAAUGGGUGGUUUUAAAUAUGAACAAUUGAAUACAAAUGCAGAAGCCGCUGAUUUUAAUUAUACAGAAUCCCCAAGUUAUGUAAAUAAGAACAAAUCUGUGAAGCCUAUUUUUAAGACUUUGGGAUUGAUCUCGGUGUACUUUACACUUUCUAUCGGACUCACAUUUUACCAAAGAUGGCUUGUGAAAAGUCUGAAUUUCCACUUAACAAUAGUAGUGUUCCAUUUAACAUUCAAAUUCCUGCUGGCUGCAAUUCUUCGACAAUUGAUUACAAAACAUCGAGCAAACAUAACGUUAGGCACAGCUUUGAGAUCUGUAGCACCCACCGGGUUGGCAAGCGGAAUUGAUGUGGGGCUCUCUAAUUGGGGACUCGGUCUAGUCACUAUGUCAUUGUACACAAUGACCAAAUCGACAACAAUAGUGUUUAUAUUAGGAUUUGCUAUAAUUCUAGGAUUAGAAAAGAAGUCGUGGUCUCUGAUGGCCAUCGUCAUAACAAUAAGCUCAGGUCUAGCCUUAUUCACCUACAAAGCCACCCAGUUCGAUGGACUCGGAUUCACUCUACUUCUCCUGGCAUCCUUAUGUGCAGGUAUCCGAUGGACUUUUGCACAACUGGUGAUGCAACGAUACAAACUAGGAUUGAAUAAUCCUCUAGAAAUGCUUUAUCAUAUGCAACCAUGGAUGCUGGCAUCCAUUAUGCCUGUGGCAUUGAUCUUCGAAGGUUCUCAUCUCUGGACUUUGUUCUCUGGUCUGUCAACGACAUCUUAUUCAACAAUAGGACAUAUUGUGAUACUAUUGAUAAUUGGAGCAGCUUUGGCUUUUGUGAUGGAAAUCUUUGAAUAUUUGGUUGUGCAUAAUACUUCUAGUCUAACUUUAUCAGUGACUGGUAUAUUCAAGGAAAUCGUCCAACUAAUUUUUGCUGUGGAAUUCAACGGCGACCAGCUAAGCACCAUCAACUCCUUUGGCCUCCUCCUGUGCCUCUGUGGCAUAGCUGGUCACAUUUGGCACAAGUCAACCAAGAGCCAAAACUCAGAAUCAUCAACCAACGGAGGAUCCAAUAACACCAUCAGCAAUACAAAUUCAUCUGACUUCAAAUCAACAGAAGAAGAGAUUGAAAGGAUUCUGCAGAUUGAUAAGAAUAAAAGACUUCUGGACAGUGGUGAUUUUAGCGAACAGACCAGGAAAGGUUUGUUGAGAUAUGAGAGUGAUGAUGAAGAAGUCGAUGAUGGUAAAGCUGGUGAUAGUAUGGAUGAGUCGGAUCAGUUGAUUUUUGAUAUUUUGAAGAGAAGGGAUUAUGUUAGUUCAGAUAAGACGUAAAGGGUAUAUUUUUGCAUGUUUUUAUAUAAAUUUUGGACC